AUGGAUUCUUUUUUAACUCCUUCAUUUUAUGUUGUAUUAUUUUCCUUAAUUUUCAUUCAUCAUUUUUUUGUUUCGCUUUUAUUUUCUCUUCGUAUUCCUUUUCUUCGCUUGAUUCCAUUCUGUUUCUAUUUUCAUACACUUUUCAUCUUUUCCUCGUUUUCUUUCCUUUUUCCUCUCUUUUAUUUCCAGUAUUUUUUCCCUAUUUUCCUCUCUCUGAUAGUGUUUCGUACUACGCGAUAUUUGAAUGCAUUUUACUUUUUCUUUUAUCAUUUUCUUCUACUCCAAAUUUACACACAGGUUUUUCUCGUGUUUUCUUUUCUUUUUUUUCUUCUUCUAAUCCACAGGCAUCGUUUUUCUCUCAUCCUUCAUUUCUUUAUUUACAUCUAUUCUACUUUACAUACAUCUCUUUCUUUGACUGAUGUCGCGAUUCCAUUUCCAUCAUUUAUCUCACCAACGCCAUCGUCUCACCCUUGUUUUUUUUCUGAUCAGCAUUUCUUUUUUUUUUCUGCAUUCAUUUUUUUUUUAUUAUACUGA